ACACUCUUUCUCUUAAUUUGCUAGCAUUGAAGCUGAGAAUUAGAAAGUUGCAAAAACAAUGGAGUAAUCAAUGAAUUUAUGCCUUAUGCUAAACCUUAAAAAAAUCUUAUCAGAUCGUCUUUUAUUUGUUGGAGCAACAUUUUUCGAAAAAGCGCAAAGUUAUUUAAUCAAAAUGUUUCAAAGCGUUAUAAAUGUUAAUAGCAGUAACAAUAACCACAGACAACUAUUCGGAUCAAUAUCAAAAAAGAGAAAAUUUAACGGCAAAAUGAGCAUGAUGAAUAGUUCGUUGGUGAAUGGAAGAGGAGCCUCCAACAAUGAACUUAUCAAACUUUGUACAGUCAAUGCUUCAGGCAUUUACCUUCCACCAUCACCCUCUGAUAGAUUCAACUGCAAUGAGUUCUAUUUCACAGAUGAAAAGCAACAGCAUCAGCAAAACCAAGUCCAAGAUAUGAACCUCACAAAAGCCUAUUAUGUUUAUUACAAUAGAAGGGUAUUUAUAGACAAGGAGAAUACAAGUAAGGCUGGUAAUGAUACUGAUAGAGUACAUCUGUUCCACACCCCAUCCGAUUAUUUGUAAGAAAAUCAGAUCAGAUCAGCUGGCCCCAAGUGGGUCGUAUGAACAAAAUGUCAAUAAUAAAAUUUUCAGAAUCUUCUUCGUUUCCUGUUCAAAUUAGGGUUUCUCUUUUUUUCUUUCUCUGCUAAUUUCUCUAAUUCUUCUUUGUGUCUUAGAGCCAGUUCUUCCUCUGAUAGUUCUGGAGAUGGUUCAUGCGCUUCUUUUAUCUCCAUGGCUUCGGUUGAGGAACUAGCUUUUGUUACACCAACAGUAGCAUUUACUGGUUACAAACAAAAAAGAGAAAGUGAUGGUGUAUAAGU